AUGCUGGCGAGGACAUUGUUAAAAACUACUGCGGUGCGUGGCAUUGCCUUACGGUGUAGAUCUGCGGUAUGGGCGAGAAGUGUUCUGCGCCCUAGCGUUGGCCGCACAUGUGGGUACGCAACCCACGCUGCCCAUCUCACUGCGGAUACAUACCCCACACUUGUGCGGGACGCUAGAUACAAGAAACUUGGGGAGGAGGACAUUGCGUUUUUCCGGGGUAUUCUGUCAGAACAGGAGAUAUUGCAGGCCGGGGAGGGCGAGGACCUCGCGCUGUACAACGAGGAUUGGAUGAGAAAGUACCGCGGUCAGUCAAAGUUGGUACUCCGGCCCAAGAGUACGCAGCAGGUGGCUGCAAUCAUCAGAUAUUGCAAUGAGCAGCGUCUAGCGGUUGUUCCCCAAGGCGGAAAUACCGGGCUUGUGGGUGGUUCGGUUCCCGUGUUUGAUGAAAUCGUCCUGAGCCUGGCCCAGUUGAACAAAGUCCGUGACUUUGACCCUGUGAGUGGAAUCCUGAAGUGCGACGCUGGAGUUAUCCUGGAGAACGCGGACUCCUACCUCAUGGAACGGGGCUAUCUAUUUCCCUUGGACCUUGGCGCGAAGGGCUCUUGUCAUGUUGGCGGGCUGGUUGCGACGAACGCCGGUGGACUGCGCCUGCUGCGCUAUGGGUCCCUCCAUGGCAGUGUACUGGGUUUAGAAGUCGUUCUACCGAACGGUGAGGUGCUGAACAGUAUGGAUGCCCUGCGGAAAGACAACACCGGAUUCGACUUGAAGCAGCUCUUCAUCGGCUCUGAGGGGACAAUUGGCGUGAUCACCGGUGUCUCUAUCUUGUGCCCGCCUAGACCAACCGCAUUCAACGUCUGCUUUCUCGCUCUAGAAAACUAUGCCAGGGUCCAGGAGGUCUUCAUCAAGGCGAAGAAGGAACUUGGUGAAAUCCUAUCGGCAUUCGAGUUUAUGGACUUUAACUCACAAUACAUCGCCGGACAGCACCUGAAAGGUGUGGCUCAUCCUUUCAGUGAGAAAUACCCGUUCUACGUCCUAAUCGAGACUGCUGGUUCCAACAAAGAGCAUGACGACUUGAAGCUGGAGCAAUUCUUGGAGGGCGCAAUGGAGGAAGGACUGGUGUCCGAUGGCGCGUUGGCCCAGGGCGAAACCGAGGUCCGCAAUCUCUGGCAGUGGCGUGAAAUGAUUCCCGAAGCCAGUGCCUCCGAAGGUGGGGUUUACAAAUACGACGUCUCCUUGCCUCUGAAAGACAUGCACUCGCUCGUAGACGCUGUUAACGAACGGCUCACUGCGCAGAACCUGUCUGACACGGAAGACGCGUCGAAGCCGGUUGUGUGUGCACUUGGCUACGGACACUUCGGCGACGGCAAUCUCCACCUGAACGUCGCGGUCCGUGAGUAUACGAAGCAAGUGGAAGCCGCGCUCGAGCCGUUCGUCUAUGAGUUCGUGGCCUCGAAGCACGGCUCCAUUAGUGCAGAACACGGCCUAGGUUUCCAGAAGAAGAAUUACAUCUCUUACUCCAAGAGCCCGCAGGAGAUAAAAAUGAUCAAGGACAUCAAGCACCACUAUGAUCCGAACGCCAUCCUUAACCCUUACAAAUACGUCUGA